CACAGCCGGCGACUCCGCGCGGACUGCCCGCGGCGCCCCGCUCCAGCAGGUCCUGGGCCGGCCCCAGCAGGUGCCAUGACUCAGCAGCCCCAGGAGGGCUUCGCCAGGAGCGUGGAGGACGCCCGGGAGUGGAUGAAGGCCGUGCAGGACCGGCUGCAGGUCAACGACAACACCCAGGGGCCCCGGGCCGCCCUGGAGGCCAGGCUGCAGGAGACCGAGAAAAUAUGCCAACUGGAGCCAGAGGGGCGCCUGAAGGUGGACCUGGUGCUGCAGGCGGCCGAAGCGCUCCUGGCAUGCUGCCACGAGGACCAGAAGCCUGGGAUCCUGGCCCAGCUGAGGGACAUCAAGGCCCGGUGGGAGGAGACAGUCAUCUACAUGACUCACUGUCACAGCCGCAUCGAGUGGGUGUGGCUGCACUGGAGCGAGUACCUCCUGGCCCGAGAUGACUUCUACCGCUGGUUCCAGAAGAUGACGGUGGUGCUGGAGCCCCCCAUGGAGCUGCAGCUGGGCCUGAAGGAGAAGCAGUGGCAGUUGAGCCACGCCCAGGUGCUGCUGCACAACGUGGAGAGCCAGGCCGUGCUCCUGGACCGGCUGCUAGAGGAGGCCGCCUCCCUGUUCAACAGGAUCGGGGACCCCAGCGUGGACGAAGAUGCCCAGAAGAGGAUGAAGGCCGAGUACGAUGCCGUGAAGGCCAAAGCCCAGGACAGAGUGGGCCUGCUGGAGCAGGUGGCCCAGGAGCACCAGUGUUACCAGGCAAAUGUGGACGAGUUCCAGCUGUGGCUACAGGCGGUGGUGGAGAAGGCGCAGGGCUGCCUGGGGCGCAACUGCGAGCUGACCGACCAGCGCCGCCUCUCCGAGCUGCAGGACAUCGCCAAGGAUUUCCCCAGGGGAGAGGAGUCUUUGAAGAGGCUGGAGGAGCAGGCGGUGGGGGUCAUCCAGAACACCUCCCCUCUGGGUGCAGAGAAGAUCACCAAAGAACUGGAGAAGAUGCGGGAAGUUCUCGAGAAGCUCCGGGGCCUCCAGGAGGAGGAGGAGGAGCAGUUGCAGGGCCUGCUCAGGUCUAAGGGGGCUUUUGAGCAGCGCAGGAAGCAGCUGGAGGCCGAGCUGGGGGAGUUCAGGAAGGGCCUUCAGAGGCUGGCUGAGGAGGGCCUGGAGCCUGCGGCAAAGGCGGGGACUGAGGACGAGCUGGUGGCCUGCUGGAGACGCUACUCGGCGACGCGGGCGGCGCUGGCCGCCGAGGAGCCCCGGGUGGACCGGCUGCAGGCCCAGCUGAAGGAGCUCAUGGUCUCCCCCCACGACCUGCAGCCGCUCCUGGACAGCGUCAUGGCGGCCAUCCAGGAGUUCCAGAGCAUGAAGGGGAGGAGCACUCGGCUGCGCAACACCACGGGGACGGAGCUGUGGCAGCGUGUCCAGCGGCCUCUGCAGGACCUGCAGCUGUGGAAUGCCCUGGCCCAGCGGCUCCUGGACGUCACCGCCAGCCUGCCAGACCUGCCCUCCAUUCACACCUUCCUGCCCCAGAUCGAGGCGGCCCUGCUGGAGAGCUCCCGCCUGAAACAGCAGCUGACCGUCCUGCAGCUGAAGAGGGACCUGCUGGGCAGCGUCUGCGGCCAGGACAGAGCGGCGGCCCUCCUGGAGCAGGUGGCGGGCUCUGUGAGGGACAGGGACCUGCUGCACAACGGCCUGCUGCAGAGGAAAAGCAAACUGCAGAGCUUGCUCGCUCAGCACAAAGACUUCAGGGCUGCUUUCGGGCCCCUGCAGAAGAAACUCUUGGCCCUGCAAGCGAAAGUCCAAGCCGAGAAGGGGCUUCAGCGGGACCUUCCUGCGAAACAGGCCCAGCUCUCGAGGUUGCAGGGGCUGCAGGAAGAGGGCCUGGACCUCGGGGUGCAGGUGGAGGCCGCCAGGCCCUUCAUCCAGGGGAACCCCGACCACCAGCACAGAGUGGACCAGCUGUCCGCCGACGGCCAGGCCCUGCAGAGGUCUCUGGAGGACCUCGUGGACGGCUGCCAGCGGAGCGUGCGGGAGCACUGCACCUUCAGCCACGAGCUGCUGGAGCUGCGACAGUGGAUCGCCGUGGUCGCGCAGAAGCUAGAGUCGUACCUGGGUGACACGGGGCCUUGGGAUGCCCAGGCUCGCGAGGCUGAUGUCGAGCGGCUGCUGGCGGAGAUCCCGCAGAAGGAGGCCCAGCUGCCCCUCAUCGAAGCGCACGGCCAGCUCGUGAUGGAAAAGUCCUCUCAGGAAGGGGCAACUGUGGUCCAGGGGGAGCUGGCGGCACUGGCGGAGUCAUGGCAGGCCCUGCGGCUGCUGGCGGAGAGCCUGCUGAGCCUCGUCAGAAACCGGCAGCUGCAGAGGACAGAACCGGACUCAGGGACGAAAAUGGUUUUCACCAACAACAUCCCAAAGACUGGGUUUCUCAUCACCCCCACGGACCCCGUUUCCAUCUCUAGGCGUCGCCGGCAGGCAGACCCGCUCCCGGACGCGGAAGGCGGCCCUGAGGGCUCCCCGCAGCUCCUGAGGAACUUUGCGCAGUGGCUGCAGGCGGAAAACGCCAAGCUGGUUAGAAUCAUCGCGAUGAGGACGGCCACGGCCCAGGACGCGAGGACCAGGGAGGCGAAGCUGCAGGAACUGGAGGCUCGGGUCCCGGAAGGUCAGCAUCUCUUCGAGAACCUCCUUCAUCUUGGGCCAGCCAGGGGGGCAUCGGAGGAGCUGGAGGAUCUGCGCUACCGGUGGAUGCUGUACAAGUCCAAGCUCAAGGACAGCAGCCAGCUGCUGACACAGAGUUCUCCAGGGCCGCCGACUGGAUUCCAGAAGGCCCGGCGGGGGCGCGGGCCCUGCGCCCUAUUCCAGAAGGUGUGCUGCGUGGCGCUGCCCCUGCAGCUGCUGCUGCUGCUGCUGCUGCUGCUGCUGCUCCUGCUCCCGGUGGGCGAAGACGACCGCAGCUGCGCUCUGGCCAACAACUUCGCCCGCUCCUUCAUGUUCAUGCUCCGCUACAAUGGCCCGCCACCCACCUAGCCCACUGCGGCCCGCAGGUGACUUUCUUCUCCGCCCUUCCAUCGGCCCUGGGCUCCUCCUGAGGCCGCCGGGGACACUGGAACGGGGGCAGGCCAGGCGGCAGAGCUGCCCCGUAUAAAUACUGUAUCGACGUUCCCAGCACAAAAUUACUUUUUAUACAGUGUUGUCUUUGUCUAUUUAUACUAAGUGCAUAUUAUGUGUGACCAGGAAUCAUGUAUAGACUUUUUAUAUACUCUGUAUGUAAGUGCUCAGCGUGUGUUGUUUCAAAGAUGGCAGCCGAGUGUUGUUGGGAGAAAGGAGCAGCAUGGCUGCCAUGGCCUGCCGUCAGCCCGGAAACCGGAACGUGUCCCUGGGACGGCAGCCUCUUGUCCAGAAGCCAUCCCCCCGCCCCACCCAGAUGUCAGGAAAAGGCCUCAGACUGGCACGCCAGGCCCACCCUCAGCGCCCGGUGACUCUUGUUUUAGGCACAAUGAGGACAGACAUGCUUGUCCGGUUUUUAAAAAUGACAGCAGCUUAGGGCAGAAAUGGCGAUGACCCAAGGCAGCCCCGGUGACAGCCGUGAAAAGCAGAAGGUGAGGGAGUGACAGCAAGAUGUAGCGCUACAGAGAGCAGGCCCAGAGAGAGGCAGAGGCGCGCAGGCCGGGGGCACCGCGAGCAGGAGCCCCUGAGUGCUCGGACCAGGGACGCGACCUGUGGCCAUGCACGGAGUCCCAGGGGACCGUUGGCUCGGGCCCGUGUGUCCUGUCCAGGGAGAGCCGCGAGGAGAGAGACUUCCCUGUUGAGGCCUCCACGGAGAUCGGUGGGCACACUGGGUGUGCAGCAAGCACCCCCGACAGCGACGGGGGAGGUGUGUUACCUCGGUCGCUCUUGGGCGGAGUUUGUCCUUGUCUCCAGGAGAAAGGGGAGCCCAUUCCACACCAGGGACCAGGGAUCGAGAGUCUAAGCCAGAGAUGAAAUGCGGCCCUGGAGCUCAGCCCAUUUGAAGGGUCCCCUCCUCCUUCCAGAAGGGACUUCAGACGGGAGCACCUCCUCUGGACCGAGAAGGUCCUGCGCAUGCCCCCACAAUGUAGCCACGCCCCAGG